AUGUUGGCCAAUCUCAACAUACUCCUCCUGGACCCUAAGUAUCUAUGUCUGUAUGAGAUGAUCAUGGGAGGUUCUAGGACUUCCAUACCGGGUGGUUAUGAUCUCAUUGUCUGUCCAAGCACCAAUAAAGUUCUUAGUGUAGGAGAUUAUUCACCGGAAAAAAUCCAGAGUGCAUGUGAGUUAAGGGAGGAGCUAAACAGAGUCACCUUAGAGAACAAGAAGCUAACAGGGAUGCUAGCAAGAGUCAAAAGACCAAUCACAGAUAGCUUCAACAAAGCAAGGUUUUCAACAGAUUUUGUGUUUGCUGUUACUCCCGACACAAGCUUGGUGCAACGCAUCACAGAUAAAUCCAUCCGUUUUAUGGCUACAUACGAAGGGACGCAUAACCACGUAGGUCCAAACCCUUCUAAAGGGAAUGUUACAAGACAAGUUGGAUCAAGCACUCUGACAUUGGAUAUGUUUAAUGGUGAGCAUGGAUUAGCUUUAGAGAAGAACGAAAGGGGAAUGAUGCAAGAGGUUUUGGUUCAACAAAGGGUAUCUUCGUUAACUGAGAUUCAAAGUUUUCUGCAGAUCUUGGGUUGCUAUCUAGGAGGUUGA